AUGUCUCUACCGGUUAAGCUAGGCAAAACCGCUCCCCGAUUCAUACAGGAUGUCUUGCACCAUGACCCGGCGAGCCCUACGCGGCCGAAAUUCAACCGGCUAAAGGACCUCCCGCCUGUCUUCUACGACGAGUCCGCUUACGUCGACCAGACCGAUCCGGAAGCCUGUGUUCACCGCUUUAUCACAAAACCUCAGCAGUCAGUGCUCCCGUCUAGCGAGAGUCCGCGCAUUUCAGGUGCCAGAUACAAGGUCUCGUCGAUAUGUCAGAAAUGCCGACUUCACCUGGAGCUAGGGGUGGUGUUCAAGAACCAGCUCGCCUGUAAACCAGGGACCGUACACCACCUGUCUUACUCGCACAAGGAGUCGCUUGACAGGCUCAGGAACUCCGUCAAGCCAGCCGGUCAGACCCAGGAGGUGUACGUCUACACCUGUGCGCAGACCGGAUGCUCAGCCUCAGUGCAUCUAAAGCUGUUGACGCCGCUUCUCAAGCCCGAAUGGGUGGACCUUUUGACGGAUGAAGACACCCUGAAGAAGCGGGUGGAUGAUGCUCUAGCUCAGGAGCCAGAGCGGCUGGAAGGGAUAGGUCGACCGACACCGCUGACUGUUCUCACGCACCUAAAAACAUACAUUGACAAUGCACUACAUGAUGAGCAACGCAAUAGGUCCAUCAAUAUGGCUAAUAAGAAAUUUACAGUCUGCUUCGGUACGGGUGGAGGAUCCUGCAAGGAAUUGUUUGAAUACUUAGGCUUCAAGACGGCAGAGGAUCGCUGGGAGCCGCCUAGGCCCAAUACAAAAGCACUUAGACCAUAUACAGACCCAUUGAAUAUAUUCCUUGAUAAUAUAUCAUAUGAGCUUUUAGCUCUUAUAAGUCAACGGCCACAACAUGAGGCAGAGGGCCAAGGGACAAACCUAGUUUUCACACUUUCCCUCAGCCAAUUUAACCAACUUCUUGACUCGGGGGACUAUGCAAAAACCCCCGCUUAUUCCCAUAAUCAAACCAAAGCCCCUUUUUAUGAGCACCUAGGCGCUGUUAGUGACAUGUCUAAUGAGCUGAUCAUUGAGGCAUAUCGUCAGCAAUCCAAAAUUAUCCCAUCACGAAAUAGCUACUAUCUCAGAUGCUUACGAUCUAUUGGCCACUGGCGAGGCCCAGUCGAUGGCAAGACAAUACAUGAAUUUGUUGAGUCAGAAUAUGCCAAAGGGAAGUACGCUGAUGAUGAUAUGCCGGAAUCUUAUCAAUAUUUCAACUUCGACUUUUUCAAGGACCAUGUUAUAAGUGAUGAUGCUAUCAUUGGAGCAUUUUAUGCCCGGCUUGAAGAUACCCAGAAUGACAUGGAAUUAAGAAAACAUCUCUGGAGGAUAGGUGACUAUCGCAAGAGUGAAAAGAUAAAAGCGGUUGCGGAGGAGAGAGUGUCUACUGCCGAGCAAGCUGAGGUCUUCCUCGGCGUGCAUCCGGAUACGCCAGAUGAUUUCGUGAUUUCCAUGUAUACAGCGAAGAUCAGCGAUAAUCCUGAUACUAAAGAUAUAGCCAAACGAGCUGUCCGUUUAAUUGCAGACAGUCGAAAAUCAGAGGCUCUACAACAUUUCAUCAAAACGGGAGAAACCGCAUCUGCUCAAAUGGAUAUCGGUGAUGCAUUCCGACUGCUACAGAUCCCAGAUAGAUCUGUGGAUGAUGCCGCAAUAUUAGCUGCGUUCUCCGUCUGUUGCUCAGAGGCCCCUGAACAGAUAGAAACAUACCGACAAGCACUUGCUGUUAUCGCUGAAGAGAGCGGGAGCUCGAUCAUCCGUAGCAUGCUUGCUGAUGACAACUGCCAAGUGAGUCGCGCACUGCUAGACUGGCCAGUCGGGCUUCGAAAUAUCGGAAACACCUGCUACUUGAAUAGCUUGCUGCAGUUCUACUUUACCAUUCAGCCCUUUCGAAAUAUGGUUCUGGAUCUUGACCGAUACAAGAUGGAGCUGGACGAUGAGAUGAUUCAGAACAAAAAGGUCGGAUCUCGAAAGGUUUCCCUUUUAGAGAUCCAACGUUCACAGAAAUUCCUCGUCCAGUUGAAAGCUCUCUUCAACGAUAUGAUUACAUCUCCAAAUGCGUUUGUAACACCAACUCAGGAGCUUGCUAGGUUGACCUUGCUUAGCUCCACCAGCGAAGCAGCGUUUCGACGUAAAUCCCUUUCAACUCACAAAAAUUCAGAGCUGGGAGAAAUUAAUGGCAUGCCUAUCAUGGGGCCCGUUGGUCCUCCCGCACCAAUUCCCGAAGAGCAGACAUCACAGACCGAUGGAUCCCUAGACAAGAAGGAUCAGAUUGGGACAGACGCUGGCGUCACGGCUCCUACAGGAACACCCAAUGAACAAGAGUCCGGCAAUGCUUCGGAAGAACCUGUAGUACCCAGCAUAGAAGCAGAUAAUGCAACAGCUGCCCCCCCUGGAGAUAGUAGCGUAUCCGAUGAACCUGCGUCAGAGACCAUUGCUGCCCCAAAUAGGCCACCGCCAGUUCCCCCCCGACCAGCCCCACGCAUUGAUAAUGAACAGCUAAUUCGGGAAGAAGUCGAACUGGGUGCCCAGCAGGACGUUACAGAGGUUAUUAACAAUGUACUCUUCCAAGCUCAAUGCGCAAUCAAGCCUACCAAAAUCGACGCCGAUGGGAAUCAGAUUGAUUUGAUUAUGGAUCUGUUUUACGGCCAAACCAAAUCCUAUAUAACAGCAACGAACGGGAUACGUUCCAAGAACGAACUGUGGUCAGAUAUCAAAGUCGAUGUCGCCACUGGCCCUAGAGAUAUCUACUCUGCUAUAGAUGGAGCAUUUGAUAGGCAAAAUGUGCAUGUUGAAGGUGCAGAUGCGGAACAGUAUGGUGCCAUCAGCAAGAUUCCACCAGUGCUCCAGGUUCAAGUACAGCGUGUCCAAUUCGACCAGGUCAAGAAGUCAUCGUUCAAAUCCACUCAUCAUCUAGAGCUCAAGGAGACCAUAUACAUGGACCGUUAUAUGGACGUCCCUGAGCAUGACAACAUGGGGCUCUAUAAACGUCGCCGAGAAAAAUGGGCUUGGAAAGAAGAACUCAAUGGGCUAAGAGCUCGACAGGCAGAGCUUCUUAACAAUGACAAAUGGACAUCGCUUCCGGACCUUUUUCAAGACGCAAAUGACAAGAUCAAGGAUUUGGCGUUGAUGGGAGAUGAUCCUGAGAUGGCGGAUGAAGCCGUAGAAAUCAAUGAACAAAUAACUACUCAUCUCUCAAAUCUAGAAGCUAUGUCAAGAAAGGAGCUUGUUCGUCUUGAUUCGCGGAUAGAACAGCUCUCUCACUUGAUAGAUAAUCAAUUCUCCGACAUGAAAUCACUCCCCUACCAUUUAUAUGCAGUGUUCAUCCAUCAUGGAUCGGUAGAAUUCGGGCACUACUACAUUUAUAUUUUUGAUUUCGAGAAGCAGAUAUGGCGCAAAUAUAAUGACUCUGAAGUGACAGAGGUGCACAGCACGGCGGAAAUCUUCAGUGACCGCAAUGUGAAGAACCCACCUACACCUUACUUCCUCGUCUACUUGAACGAUCGACUCAAGGAACGCCUGGCGAACCCUGUUUGUCGUCAUGUCGAGGAGGCUCCUGAAUGGACAACUCCAGCCUCUGCAGACAACAACUCUAAGCCAGGUCAUGCCCAUGGCACUACCGGCAAGGCAACCGGCAAAGACUCAGACACAGAAAUGACUGAUCUGCCUCCUACCUAUGAAGAGGCGCAAAUGGCAGCCCCAGGUAUGGAGAGCUCUCACCCAGACGAGGAGGAUGUCUCCCCUCAAAAUAAUAAAAUCGCCUCGGCGGGCAUGGUAGACGACGCACCCAUAUCAACAACCAUGGCAAAGAAGGAAUCAUCACCAUCUCCAGACCGCAAACGAUUGAAACGAAAGGACGCUGAGAAAGGAGGAUACUCUGCUGGGAGCACUAGAUCGAAGAACUGA